UUCACUCUGCUUUCAGAUUCUCUGAUGUCUCUUUAAAGGGUCGGUUAGUCAACCUAUAUAUAUAUAUAUAUACACACGACCAUAUCCAUAUAUAUUACACAUUGUACCAGUACACAUAGUUGAACCCCAAGCGGGUUUUCUUAGUUUUGAUUAGCUAUGGUUGAAGAACUAGGCCACAAUGAGUUCUAUGGUGGUUUUAAUGGUUUCUCUCCAGAGAAGCAACAGUUUCACAACCCACUAUACGACUCUGUCAAACCUGAAAGCUUCUCUGUUACUGACAUUCAUAAAGGUGCAAACGAAUUGAUCAGACAAACACCCCGUGAUCCUGAUCAGGUAAAUAUGGCAAACCUCCUACUGAAUUUACCUCCUCUUGGUUUGGCACUUCAUCAAACACCAGCUUUAUUGGAGACGAUACAGAGUCAGGUUUUCCCUCAAGCUUCUGAUGUGGAGAAGGAAAAGUUGAAGGCUGUUAAUUUUGGUGCAUCUUUGCUGAGAAUUGGCUUAUGGCAGAGAAUAACAAGAAAUGAAGGAGAUCUUGUAGCAAAAUGUUAUUAUGCGAAACGAAAAUUGGUUUGGGAAAUCUUGGAAAAAGGAUUGAAGAGCAAGAUUGAAAUACAAUGGAGUGAUGUUGUGGGAAUGAGAGCUAUUCUUGAAGAAAAUCGACCAGGAAUUCUUGAAAUUGAGUUAAGUAUACCGCCAACAUUUUACAAAGAGAGUGAUCCACAACCAAGAAAGCACACACUUUGGAAUGCCUCACCGGACUUUACUGAUGGUCAAGCUCUCAUUUACAGGAGGCACUAUCUUGAAUUUCCUUCUGGUGUUCUAGACAAACACUAUGAGAAGCUCUUACAACGAGAAAACCGGUUCUAUCAAUUGAGCAAAAGUCCAUUCCCAAGAUUAGAGUCUCCCUUCUUCUCACAGAUUAGAGAAUACCCAUUUGGUUUUAACGGAAAUCUUCAGGAAAUUAACUCUGCUUUGCCACUGCCUAAUUAUCAUCAAGUUAUUACAAAGAAUCUACCUCCUGCUUUUCCAACUCCACAAUUUUAUGAACCAAACAACCAACCACACAUGAAUAUCUACUCUAGUACUUCACCAACAUCAGUGAUGGGAUUUGCUUCACCUUUGGAUGAUGUUAUAAGCUCCAGCCAUGGAGUUGAGAAUUCAAGUAUGGUAAUAUGGGGGGGUCAAGGAAUGAAUGCAUUUCCAGAUCAUGCAGUAGAGACAGAUCAAAUCCAAAGGCUGCAGCAGCAGCAACAGCUUUCUCUUCAUCAACCAAAGCAAGAAUAUCCGAUGGUUUCGAAUCAAAACUAUAAUAAUCUAAUUACUUACCAAGGAGGAGGGAGUCAAAAUCCGGAAGGUCAAGUACUAAGUAACAUCGAAAACGAGCUGUUGAAUGAGUCGCAAGUCGAAUGUACUGGAAGUAGUGAAUUUAACCAUGAUCAUCACGUUAACUGGGCUCAGCCAAGCCAAAUUCCUUCUAUUGGUGAGAGAAUUCCAUUAUAUCCACCUUUCCCUAUAAAUCCCAUCCAUAAGGAGUCCAAAAAUUGGGAAGGAGCUCAAAUUUCUGAUGCAGAGGUUUGGGAUUUAUCUGACAUGAAUGUAAACUUUCCUAAUCUGCCACAUUUUGGAUAGUUUUUCCUUUUUUGGGUUUUGGGCUGUUUUGGUUUUUCUUGGUUUUUUGUUUACAACAAAUUGAAAAUUUUUAGUUUCUAGAGUUUGAAGAUUAAUUUGUAAAGAGAAAAACAGAAGCAAUAAAUGAUGAAUAAAGUAUAAAGAAUAUUGUCCU